GACAAAAAGGGCGAGCUACAGCAGAGGUAAAGUAGUCCUAGGGAUUUCCAAUACGGCCUUCCUUUCUUUCUCAAUUAUAUCUGCUGGGUAUCCCCUCUGUUUGAAGCGUUCACCCAUCUCAGUGGCGGGAACUGUUUAUGGAUUCUAAUGGCCACGUUAUGCAGGAAUGUGCAAAGAAAUGCAGUGACAUUAAAGCUUUUUACAGCGCAUCCUCUGUCUCUUACAUGGAGUGACUGGAUCCGUCAUAAGUUCACAAAAUGUCGUAUUCCUCAAGAUGCUUUUGAACCUAAACCAGAAGAUCAUGAAAAGUAUGGAGGAGACCCUCAGCAACCCCACAGUUUGCAUCUUGUCACUAGGAUAAAAUCUGGCAUUGGUCGACCAUACUGGGAAAAAGAAAUUCUGGAAGUCUUGGGACUAAAAAAGGCUCACAGGCCUGUAGUCCACAAGAAUAUUACUUCAGUAAACGAAAAGCUUAAAAUGGUGAAGCACUUAAUAAGAGUUCAGCCUCUAAAGCUACCCUAUGGCCUACCUGCUGAAGAAGACAUGUCAGACACCUAUCUUAAGAGCACCGGGGAGCUGGUAAUACGGAAGAAGCUUCAGCCGAAUGAGACAAAAUCUAUUGAGUCAUGAGCUAUUUAUAUAUUUUGUAAAAUAAACUCUGUAUUUAGCACAA